AGAGCAGUUGGUGAAGAGGAAGACGCGGAGAUACCUCUCCCUAUAAUCUAUUUCUUGUACGCAAGAAACACUCUCCCGAAAGAUCCUCCUCUUAAACUAAAUCUCUCCCCGCCCCCGCCCCGGCUAAAAAGAUUCAAUUUUGAGCAAAACCCCUUUUGUGUCAUCAAGGAUGAAGCGACAAGUCGGCGGAGGAGGAGUACAGCGGGUGAGAUCCGCAAGACCCACCACAAUUCACGAUUGCGCUCUCUCCGGCGAUCUCAUUUCCUUGCAGAAGCUUCUCAAAGACAACCCUUCUCUUCUCAACGAACGCAACCCCGUCAUGUACCACACGCCGCUUCAUGUUUCUGCUGGAAAUGGCAAUGUUGAUAUUGUCAAGUAUCUCUUAGAUUGGCCUGGAUCCGAUAAAGUUGAGUUGGAAGCAAUGAACACUUAUGGUGAAACCCCAUUGCACAUGGCAGCCAAGAACGGCUGCAAUGAAGCUGCUAAGCUACUCCUUGAGCGUGGUGCUUUUAUCGAAGCCAAAGCCAGUAACGGUAUGACACCAUUGCACCUUGCGGUUUGGUAUUCUAUUACCUCCAAAGACAUCUCAACUGUUAAGACGCUGCUGGAUAAUAACGCUGAUUGCAGCGCUAAAGAUAAUGAAGGGAUGACUCCUUUGGACCAUCUACCACAAGGACAGGGCAGCCAGAAGUUGCGUGAAUUGUUGCGCUGGUUUCUCCAAGAGCAGAGGAAAAGAAGCGCGCUAGAGUCUUGCGGUAAGACCAAGGCCAAGAUGGAACUACUUGAGGAAGAGCUGUCCAAUAUCGUUGGACUAAGCGAGCUGAAGACACAACUGAGGAAAUGGGCUAAAGGAAUGCUUUUGGAUGAGAGGCGUAGGGCUCUUGGGAUGAACAUUGGAACUCGGAGGCCUCCACAUAUGGCGUUUCUUGGAAAUCCUGGGACUGGUAAAACCAUGGUUGCUCGAGUUCUAGGGAAGCUGCUUCACACGGUUGGAAUCCUACCAACCGAUAAGGUAACAGAAGUUCAGCGCACAGACUUGGUUGGUGAGUUUGUUGGUCAUACAGGGCCAAAGACCAGGAGAAAGAUCCAAGAAGCUGAGGGAGGAAUCCUCUUUGUGGACGAAGCAUACAGGUUGAUCCCAAUGCAAAAGGCAGACGACAAGGACUACGGUCUAGAAGCUCUGGAAGAAAUUAUGUCGGUCAUGGACACGGGGAAGAUCGUGGUGAUAUUCGCGGGAUACAGCGAGCCAAUGAAGCGUGUGAUCGCAUCUAACGAAGGGUUUUGCAGAAGGGUCACAAAGUUUUUCAACUUCAGCGACUUCAGUGCAAAGGAACUGGCGCAGAUUCUGCACAUCAAGAUGAACAGCCAGGGAGAGGACACUCUGUUCUACGGUUUCAAGUUGCAUGAGUCGUGCACUCUGCAGGAGAUAGCUUCAGUGAUUGAGAGAGAGACAACCGAGAAGAAGAGGAAGGAGAUGAACGGAGGGUUGGUGGACACGUUGCUGGUUAACGCGAGGGAGAAUCUUGAUCUCCGACUUAGCUUUGAUUGCGUCGACACUGAAGAGAUUUGUACCAUCAGGUUGGAGGAUUUAGAGGCUGGUCUUCGUGUUUUCUCUCAGUGAGAAGAUUACAGAUUCAAGAACCUGUAAUGGCCGAGUGUUGGUUAGUGUACUGAUUCAAUUCUUUACAUAUCAUAUUCUUUAUGUUUUGCAACUCUAUAGAUCUUACAGGAGGGAGAAGCUAUGGUUUUCACCCAUUCAUUGUCUCUGAUCGAUCUAUUUCUGUUGUGUUGCUACAUAUUUUCUCGUUUUUAUUUUACUUCUAUUUUGGGUAAUUAAUGAUUUUAAUUUUUUAUGAUAUUAUCAGAGAAACAUUUGGAUUCCAGUCCAAUCUUUUACAUGA